UGCUCGUUGACUGAGACAAGUCCCGAGGGGCAUCUAUAAAUAUUGAAACUUCAGAAGGAGCCAUAAAUCGUUUAGCAAUCAAAGCAAAUCAUGGCCUCUCUCGGAUCCGUCACCCAAAGAACUGUCUUCUUGCAGUUUCUUGUGCUCUUUUUCGGCUUGUUCGGUGAUCUUGCUUCCCUAGAUAGAUCUCGCGUCGUUUCCGUAAACGCCGAAUGGCAAGCUAUUCCUCCCGGUCGAACACCAGAGAAUGGUUCUCCAUGUUGGGGCGGACCGUAUGUUGGCGGCGUGGCUCCUCUGAAGCGCAUGAAGUACCACUUUAGGAAGGAAUUCAAGUACCCCAAGUUUCAGAAGGUGAACCUGACGAGAUCUGAAUGCUGUCAAAAUGCUGACAUGGAACAAGCUUUACAGUCCGUGAUGUUGGCUGCAAGAAGACGGGGAGAGGGAAAGGGAAAGGAUACAACUGAAGAAGAUGACGUGACGAGUUCAUUGAAUUCAGAAUUGCAGCAAUUGCCAGUUUCAGUAGAAGCGCCAGAAGAGAAAGAAUACCAUUAUGGGGGAGUCCUGAAGAAACGUUCCUUCGGAAAUCUCAAGUGCUGGGAUUACGAUGUCUUAUGGUUUCGGGUCAUUUUUUUUCAUCUUAUUCCGACUUAUAUUUUCAUGGUGGCUUUCUACUUUUUCAUUCGUUGAUACAUACUAGUUGUAGUUUUUUUAUAUUAAGGAGGGGACGGAUUUGAAUUCGUAUUUGAAUCACUCAACUAUCUCAUCAAGAAUUGUCCUCUUCCCAGAGGCAGCAUGUGCCGAUUAGAAAUCUCUAAAACCGACCCGUGCAUUUCGACUGAGUUACGAGCACUGCUGCGUGGUCCGAGAAAAGCCGAGUUUUGCCUGCGCCAAGUCUAUAGCAGAGUUCGGAAAUUUCGCAGGAGAGCUUGGUGGAAUAGAGGAACAAGAGGAAUUGAUAGGAGAGGGAGGAAGUGACUCAUCAGCACCGAAGGAAAGACGUAAUUCGUACUGGACAGAUCACUGGGGCUCAUGGACACCCGGGCCGCCGUGGCGCAGUGAAGUAGGGUGGCCACGUUUUCUCAGACGCAUCAAGAAUAUCUGGAAGCGUGGUACUACGAGUGCUAGAAAAGGUUCGUCGUCGAAGAGCAAUGUUGUUCGUCUUGAUGCAGCUGAUAAGUGCAGUUUAAUACCUGGUGUGAACGCAGUGAAGAAAGCGUUUCCAUCUGCAAUAGUAGAGCAUUUGGAGGCACUGCCUUGUUUCACGGAGGACCAUGAGCCAGUCCCAGCUUUUAGUAGUUCUAAAAGUCCUCCUAGCAGAGCAGACGUAGCCACUUCAACGUCACCUAGUUCCUCUAAAAGUCCUCCUCGCACAGUAAAAGUAGCCACUUCAACGUCACCUAGUUCCUCUACUUCAUCCACUUCAACACAGCAAGAAAGUAGUUUGCUCACGUCAGUUGGCGUGCACAAUAAUUGGGCUGCAGACGCCAUAGCGCGCUCAGGAACGGCACGCGUUCCAUUGCCGAUACGCGCUGACAUGGUUGCCGAAGAGCAGCGGUUCGAAGAUAGAAGGAACGGAAUCAAUUCAACGGCGGUUAGGAGGAGAAGUAGAGUUAAGGGCUCCCGAGUUGCAUCCUGCACCGACAUUCUUGACGUGCAUAGGAAAGAGGUCAAGGAUGGUUUGAAGAAUGCAAUGCUCCUGCAAGAACCUCUAAAAGCAAUCGCGGAGUAGAGACCGGUGCUCCUAGUACAACUUUAAGGGUUCUUCUUGGAGGUUGGCAUCUCUAGGCGCAUCUCUAUGGGUUCUUCAAGUAGGAAAGCCAUAGAUAUGCGAGCUAGUAUAGUCUAGGGGUUGGCAUGCUAGCCAAUGAUAGACUUCAUGGAAUGGAAUGCCAGCUCUCAGCCUCUAACAACUGUCGACAGAACAGCCUCGCAUAUUGGACGGCAGGGCAUCAUAUCUGCGUUUGCGAACGUUGGGUCGCAGUUGAAAAAAGCAUCCGUUUGGGAGGACCGGGAGUGGGUGAAUCCGCUACAUCUGGCAGUGUUAUUAAGGCUACCGCUGACGACGCAUCCCCCUACAUCAUGAUCCUUGGCUUCUUUUUCAAGGGGAAAAGGGGGUCUCAUGUUAGGCUCAAGGAUGCGACGCGGUCGGUCUAAUGUUAGCUGAGAUCUUGGUUGACAAGGUCUUUCACCCAGUGGCAGCUCAGAUAGCGAAGAAGUUUGUUCUCAAACUUGGUAAAGGCCAAGAUCUGGGCAUAAAUGUGACGGCGAUAUCUUCCCAGCAGCCUUUGAUUCGAGGCGUAUGCCAAGGAGCAAAAAAGGGAUUCGAGGUGGAGUUGUUGAGGACUUUCCUUUGGGAAUCUCUGGUUCGACGAGGAGUUCAAGAAAUUGCACCUUCAGCGUCUAAGGAGAAGUCCCUAGGUCCAGCAGAGGAGGAAGUUUUUGUUGCGACAUCAACCACAUCAGCGCCACACACAACAUCUUCUGACUCGACAACUGCUACGCCAUUAGGUUCCUUUCUAUCUUCGCUGUGGGCCGGAGUUACCGGUGGACCAGAAACACUAGAAAUGGUACUACCUGGUGAAGAUUCCGCAACGUCUGAAGGUUCAGGACAACUGCAACAACUGCAACAACUUGAAGAAGCGGCACAAUCUUCGUCUUCGAAGCCUCUCCUCUUAGACGAAGCUCGCGUCUACGCUGAAUUCAUACACUCGAAUUUGGUCGACAUAAUGGGCACAGACUUUUUGUGGCCUAGUUGGCUUGUCUGGGGACGUCAGGACUUCGCCACGGAUCUACGUCCCGCCCUUAGGCAUCGUUGGAAGCGGUAUGAUGUGCGCAAGAAGGGGAGGGAAGUGUUUCCGCUGUAUAAGGCAAGCAGUGGAAGAGGACCCGAAGAUGGAUCUCUUGAGACAACCGAGACAGCUACAAAAGAAAGCGAUCUCCAAGGAGAUCCACGUGAAUCCCUAGCGGAUUUUGUCUACUCAAACGCCUUCGAUCACGCUUUUGAGCCAAGAUUCCUUUUAGAAAAAGUCUGGAGCCAAAUGUUGAGGCCAAAUGGGCUUUUGAUUCUACACUGGAGUCAAGACAAUUCGCCAGUAGCUGUCGAUAAAGUGGACAUCUACGGUGCUACGGUUGGCCAAUUGUGCAACCUGUUGCGGAAAGCGGGGUUUCAGUUAGGAUGGAAGGAUAUUAAUUUUAGAGGAAUGUAGUUGAUUCGAUAGUGAUAAAGCCAUUUUUGUUCCCAUGUUGUCGAUCCAGAACGUCUGAAUCUUCAACCUUGUCAAAUUUAAGAGAUAAAUAGCUGUAAUAUAUGAACCUCGUCAACCUCUGCAUUGUCGGUCCUUGACUGAGACUAGCGUAGUCGAUACAUCUUCGAACCUCAAUCCUCGACGUCAUCCGCAUUCCGACAAUGAACCAACUAGUUGCACGCGACGCCUCUGACUCGGAGACCUGGACAGCCGAGUCGCACAUAAAAGCGGGCACCGACGUCCACAAAAAGCACAUGGAACGACUUUCAAGAAGUGUCUUCUUGACAAACACUCUGCACGAGUAUGCCUAUUUUCCUGGAAGUUCGAAGCGAAAGACCUACGAGAUGCGCCGGCGAGGAGAAGCAGACUUUGUGAUUGCAAAAUUUCUGGGUUAGGUGGGACAUUCAUGAUAUAGAGAGUAGUCCGGUUUUCGAGUUACGGGUUAAGAGAACAAUAUCGGGCGAAAAAAGUCUAAUUCUAUGAUAAGCAACAGUGAGUGGGAAUUCAUCGUAAGCAACAUUAGCUGAAAAGAUCGACAAGAAAUUUAAUGAAGUGAAUAUCGUGCGGGUGCGUAUGUCGCCGUCCUUCUUCUAGAAGAUGUUCUUGUGCUUGACAUGAUGCGUCGUUGGAUUCUUGGCUUCUUAAUCUGCGCUUGUUUGACGUCCUCUU